ACUGUUUUGAAAGGUGCACCGUGACGGGCGGAGCGCUUUCCCGGUGACCCUGCUGCGGCUGUCAAGGGCCGAGCCCCGGUUCAUCAUCAUGGCGGUGGCGGAGGAAGGCGGAUGGACGUACUGAUGACCGUCCGGAAGAUCGCCUCGAUCUGUACGAUGGGCACCAAUGCCUCAACAUUGGAAAAAGAAAUCGGCCCGGAGCAGUUUCCCGUGAAUGAACAUUACUUUGGUUUAGUCAAUUUUGGCAACACCUGCUACUGCAAUUCGGUCCUUCAAGCACUUUAUUUUUGUCGUCCUUUUCGGGAGAAAGUUCUGGCAUACAAGGUCCAGCCUCGGAAAAAGGAAAGCUUGCUCACGUGUUUGGCAGAUCUAUUCAACAGCAUCGCCACGCAGAAGAAGAAGGUGGGAGUUAUACCUCCAAAGAAAUUCAUCUCCAGGCUGAGAAAAGAAAACGAGCUUUUUGAUAACUACAUGCAACAGGAUGCUCACGAAUUCCUAAACUACCUUCUGAACACUAUAGCUGACCUGCUUCAGGAAGAGAAGAAACAGGAGAAGCAGAACGGCAAGUUGCAGAACGGCAGCCUAGAAACGCAGGAGCCCGAAAAGCCGGACCUUACUUGGGUCCAUGAAAUCUUCCAAGGGACGCUAACCAAUGAAACCAGAUGUCUUAACUGUGAAUCUGUCAGUAGCAAAGAUGAAGAUUUCCUAGAUCUCUCUGUAGACGUGGAACAAAAUACUUCCAUUACACAUUGCUUAAGGGGGUUCAGUAAUACGGAAACGCUAUGCAGCGAAUGCAAAUAUUACUGCGAGCAAUGCCGUAGCAAGCAGGAAGCGCAGAAAAGGAUGAGAGUGAAAAAGUUGCCUAUGAUUCUAGCCCUGCAUUUGAAAAGGUUUAAGUACAUGGAUCAGCUGCACCGAUAUACCAAACUCUCCUACCGGGUUGUGUUUCCCUUGGAGCUGCGACUCUUCAACACAUCUGGGGAUGCCACCAACCCAGAAAGAAUGUAUGAUCUUGUAGCGGUGGUGGUUCACUGUGGCAGUGGGCCAAACCGAGGACAUUAUAUAACCAUUGUAAAGAGUCAUGGAUUCUGGUUGCUGUUUGAUGAUGACAUCGUAGAGAAAAUCGACGCCCAAGCCAUUGAAGAAUUCUAUGGUUUAACAUCAGACAUUUCCAAGAACUCUGAGUCCGGAUAUAUCCUCUUCUACCAGUCCAGAGACUGAAACAUGCUACGUGAAUACAUUAUUAAAUAAAGCAUAUAAUGCCGACCACGGAACGUAACGUCGGUCUCGGAAGAGGAGUUCAUAUAAGAAGCAGAUGUAAUCCUCUGGAAUUCUUCUACAAAGUCCUGUCAAUCUUUUCUUCUGUCUUCGCUCUGGCUCUCCAGUGAAGGUUAUUAUCCACCUUGAGACUUAGUUGGGCUUGUGUGAAGGUCCACUAUAGUACUGUAGGCUGGUUGAAUGUCACACAUCUUCCCAGAUCCAUGCAAACCAGAUAGCACUUUGUAAUGCGGAAAAUACUAUAGUGUGGUGUUCACAAAAUCUCAAAUCAAAGCUUUUACACAUUUAAUGUGUGAUCUGUGUUAUUUUCUAAAAUUACUUAUAACAGUCUCUUCUUAUGACAUCAGAAGUUAUUCUUUUCUUCCAUUUGUUUAUUGUUCUUCACUAUUGUUGAAAACAGCUGCUGCUCCUUAGCACUCAAUAACAGAAUCUUUUGCCUUUUU